AAGUCCCGCCCCUCUUUAGAAAGUAAAUGGUAGCCCGGAAGGGUCAAAAGAGUCCGCGAUUUCGCCGAGUGAAUUGCUUUCUGCGGUUGGGGAGAUCUACUCUUCUAGAGCUCGAGCCAGCGGGGCGACCCUGCAGUGGCAGGACUCGGCACCGCGCCCUCCACCGCCGGUUGGUGGCCUGCGUGACCCUUUCCUCUCGUCGACAUCGGAAGGAAGCCAGACGUGGGCGGGCAGAGAGCUUCAUCCCAGUAGGAAUGGCAGCCCCAUCUAUGAAGGAAAGACAGGUCUGCUGGGGGGCCAGGGAUGAGUACUGGAAGUGUUUAGAUGAGAACUUAGAGGAUGCUUCUCAAUGCAAGAAGUUAAGAAGCUCUUUCGAAUCAAGUUGUCCCCAACAGUGGAUAAAAUAUUUUGAUAAAAGAAGAGACUACUUAAAAUUCAAAGAAAAAUUUGAAGCAGGACAAUUUGAGCCUUCGAAAACAACUGCAAAAUCCUAGGCUAUUCAUAAAGAUUGAAAGUCUUCUUUCUGGACAUUAAAAAAAGCUCCACUGACUAUGGGACAGUAGUAGUUUAAAUGAUAGUGAACCUCAGUACUUGUUCCCUGUAUCCGACACUUGAUAAUUAAGAUGAUCAAGAACCAGAUCUGUGAAGAAUUGAAAUAUAAUGGUAUUUAGUAAGAAAUCUCUUUUUAAGAAAGAAAGUAAAACCUGUUAUAAACACAUG